AUGACUACCACCCAAAAACCUACGGACCCCACUACCACCACCCGCACCCCCCCAGACGCUGCAUUACGCCAACAAAACCAAACGUCCUUCUCACGCGACCUCGAGUUCCUCUCCUCCCUCGCUAAUCCAUACUACCUCAACCAUCUCGCCCAAUCCGGCGUUCUCUCUUCUCCCGCAUUCAAACGAUAUCUCAAGUACUUGGACUACUUUCGAAACCCGAAAUAUGUCAAAUACCUGCAAUACCCUCAAGCGUUACACUUUUUGGAUCUACUGCAGAAUGAGGAGGAGUUCAGAAUGGCGUUGAGAGAUCCAGGAUUUGUGGGAGAGGUCAUGGCGAAACAGAUUGGUCAUUGGGCUACUUGGAGGGAUACUGAGGAGAAGGAGGAGGAUGGCGAGGGAACGGAUGGACAAGCGGUAUAG